CGAACGUCAGUUACGUUUGCGUUCUACUCGUGCUCGGAAGGAUCGAUUUCACUGAACGAAAGUUGUUUCAAAAAGCAAACUGUUUUUCUACGUGAUAAGAGCAUAGUAUUAAACUAAUAGAACAUCGUUUUAUUAAGUUAUGGACGAUCGUUUUUAUUGAAUUUUUUGUUGAAUUUCAAUCGUCUGCAAUGGGAAAUCCACACUCAAAAGACGUCCGUAACGGACUGCGAAGUUGUAAAGUGAUCCACAGUAGUAGCCAGUUGACCUACGACGACAAAUCUUCAACAAUGUCAGCUCUUCACCGAGAUCAGCUUGGUCAGCGGGGACAUGGAGACAGCGUCUGUGCGAGUUUACUUCGUGGCCUUGAUCAUCUGAAAAACCCACAGUUGAAUAAGGGUAUGGCAUUUUCCAUUGAGGAAAGGCAAGUAUUGGGUAUCCAUGGUCUCCUACCAGCAGUUGUGAAGACUCAGGAAGAGCAACUGGAACUGUGCCGCCUAAAUCUGGAUCGCUACCCAGAUGAUCUAUCAAAAUAUAUCUACCUCAUUGGCCUACUGGAUAGAAAUGAAAAACUCUUUUACCGUAUGCUCGCUGAUGAUGUGGCAAAACUGAUGCCUCUGGUAUACACACCAACAGUAGGUCUAGCUUGUCAAAAGUUUGGCCUGAUCUACAGAAGACCCCGUGGUAUGUUCAUAAGUAUAAAUGACAAAGGCUACAUAUAUGAUAUUUUGAAAAACUGGCCUGAACACGACGUACGAGCCGUCGUUGUCACUGAUGGUGAGAGAAUACUUGGGCUGGGUGAUCUGGGUGCCUAUGGAAUGGGAAUACCUGUUGGCAAGCUGUCCUUGUACACUGCACUGGCUGGUAUUAAACCACAUCAAUGUUUACCUAUUACUCUGGAUGUUGGUACCAACACUCAGUCUUUGUUGGAUGACCCACUGUACAUUGGCCACAAGCACAAACGUGUCACUGGUCAAGAAUAUGAUGACUUCCUGGACGAAUUCAUGACCGCAGUGGUCAGGAGAUACGGACAGAAUACAUUGAUCCAAUUUGAAGAUUUCGGAAACGCCAAUGCGUUUAGACUGCUUCAAAAAUAUCAGGACAGUUACUGUACCUUCAACGAUGACAUCCAAGGAACAGCUGCUGUCGCUGUUGCUGGUUUACUGGCAUCCCUUCGCGUUACACACACUAAACUGUCGGAGAAUACAAUUGUUUUCCAGGGAGCUGGAGAGGCUUCGUUAGGUAUCGCAUGGCUAUGCGUUAUGGCGAUGGAGAGAGAAGGUAUUAGCAAGGAGGAAGCUAAAAAGAAAAUCUGGAUGGUUGAUUCAAAAGGAUUAAUAGUCAAGGAUCGUCCAAAAGGUGGACUGACGGAGCACAAGCUGCGCUUUGCUCGAGAUGACAAACCAAUUGACACUUUGUUGGACGUGGUGAAAACUGCGAAACCUACUGUACUUAUCGGAGCAGCCGCAGUUGGCGGUGCUUUCACUACUGAAAUACUGGAAGAAAUGGCUAAAAACAACGAAACACCAGUUAUUUUUGCUCUCAGCAAUCCAACAAGCAAAGCAGAAUGUACUGCCGAACAAGCAUACACUGCUACAAAGGGAAAAUGUGUAUUUGCCAGUGGAUCACCAUUCGAUCCAGUGACAUACAACGGCAAGACUUACAGUCCUGGUCAGGGAAAUAACAGUUACAUUUUCCCUGGUAUUGCGUUGGGUGUAAUAUGCUGUUGUAUGCGUACAAUUCCUGAUGCCGCAUUCCUCGUCGCUGCUGAAACAUUAGCUCAGAUUGUUUCUGAUGAAGAUUUGGCGAGUGGAAACCUGUACCCACCGUUGCAAGAUAUCCAAAAAUGUUCAUUGACGAUAGCUGCUGAAGUCAUGAAAUGCGGUUAUGCAAGUGGUCUUGCAGCACUUCAUCCAGAACCUGAGGACUACAAGGAAUUCAUCAAAGCACAACUGUACGAUCCAACUUAUAAAUCAUCAGUACCUCCAGUAUAUAAGUGGCCUAAAGCAUAAAUGUAUUUUCUACUGCCAUUUUCAAAUGCAACGCUUUGAUACGACGUCGAGUAUAAAAAUGUACACGACAGAUGUGUACUACCUUUUUCUUUUUAAUUUGGCAUGGUAUUGUAAGAGCCUGUUGAGCAGGUUUUUCAUAUAACUAUAUUGAGUCUUUGUACGUAUGAGUAAUAAUCAGCAUGGGUGUUGUGUAUGUGAGCAUGUAUAGAUAUCUAUUUCGAAAAAGGAAAGAUUUUAUUCUGAACUGUGUAUAAAUGUAUCCGCUACUGAUAGUUUUAAAUUAUUGGGAUGAUAAAAUGUUUGAUUUAUCGGUUUAACGAAUAAAAAAUUUCAAAUGAUUAUUUGAAAGAAAUGUGUUUAUUGCUACUCGAAACAGCAUUCCUCACAGUGCCCAGGACAUAAUUCUUCUUCUUUGUACGAGCAGCAGGGUGUUUUAAACUUCCGUCACGUUGUAUAUUCAAUUAAGAACCGAAAGAGACAAACAAGACGUACAUAUGAGCGAAAGUUUUAUAAUUUAAAGGUAUUCAUCUAUUAAACGAAGUAAAAAGCAGAGGCGUCUUUAUGUACUUAAAGCUCGCGCUUUUUCACAGAUAUAUAGGCAAUACACGCGUAAACUCGUUGUCAGUGUAUUGAGUACUUAGAACCGUAUCAAAUUCGCCCCAUCCUUUUCUUCUACCGAAUCUCUUAAGGACUGAUGAAACUUAAAACACACAUGAUUGUCUGCAACCUCGUAAAGACAAUACAACGAAAUUCAUUUAGACGUGGAACUAAAAAAAAAAAAAAAAAAAAAA